AUGGCGGCGUCCAACGAGAGCAGCCCGGCUUCGCUCCCUCAGCGACGGGAUCCUCCCGGGCGGCCUCCACGGAACGGUUAUGGUGUCUACGUAUUCCCAAAUUCUUUCUUUCGAUAUGAAGGAGAAUGGAAAGAGGGGAAGAUACACGGUCACGGGAAGCUGCUGUUUAACGAUGGGAGUUACUAUGAGGGCGAGUUUGCGGAUGGUGAGAUCACAGGGCUCGGGUGCCGGUACUGGGCCUGGUCAGGAAACACCUAUUCUGGACACUUUGUUCUGGGAGAGCCUCAAGGACGUGGCGUCAUGAAGUAUAAAGCCGGAGGCCACUAUGAAGGGGAGCUCUCUCGCGGCCUGAGGGCAGGACGGGGGUUUCUGGUGGACCGGGAAGGACAGGAGUACGAGGGGUCGUUCCAUGACAACAGAAGGCAUGGCCGGGGCCAGAUGCUCUUUAAGAACGGUGAUCAGUAUGAAGGGGACUGGGUCCAGGACCGGCGUCAGGGACACGGGGUGCUGCACUGCGCUGACGGAUCCACCUAUGAGGGACAGUGGCACAGUGAUGUCUUCAGUGGGCUGGGCAGCCUGGCCCACUACUCGGGAGUCACUUACUGUGGCCUGUGGAUCAACGGCCACCCAGUGGAACAAGCCACGAGGAUCGUCAUUCUGGGUCCAGAGGUGCUGGAAGUGGCCCAAGGAGCCCCCUUCACACUGCGGGUGCAGCUGCAGCAGGCCCACGGGGACCUUGCCAAGAGUGAGAGUGGCCGGGUCCUGAGGAUCUCCGCCGGCAUCAGAUACGUGCAGCUCCCCACCUACUCCGAGGUCAGCUUUUUCAAAGUGGAUGAAGACCACCAAGAGACGCCCAUGGAGACGCCAUUUGGGUUCCAGUGCAUCUCCUAUCCCUUGUCCACCCCCACCUGGCGGGGUCCGGAGCCCAAGGCUGCCCGGGAAAUUGCCGGAGAUGAGUCACCACUCCCGGAGGGAGACCAAGGGGACACCCCCAGUGGCCUGGCUGCCAGGGGAGGCCAGUGCCACUGUCCUGAGGACCUUCGGCAGCGGGUGGAGCAAGGCUGUGCUGAGUUUCGGGACCUGCUCCUGGGGCCCCCUCCCGCUGGACGCCAGCCCUUCCUGUUCCUGCACAGCCCUCAUGAGAAGGCUGGCAGUAAGCCCAGAGAGAUGCCCACCGCCCAGGAGGCUGCAGGAGGCAGCAGGCCUGAUGGGACCACCACGGCAGAGCUGGUGGCAGACGCAUACCCAGGGGAGUAUGUGAUCCUGAUCAAUGACGUGACCACCCCGCCCUUCCUGGGCCGCACACUGCCCACUGCCUUCAAACACCUGCGGGUCUUGGCCAAGGGGACCGGCCAGAAGCCCCAAGACCCUGAAGCCAGAGGCAGCUCGUGA